AUGUGUUCAAUCGAUAACAGUACACCUAUAAAUAAAUACGAGCAAAACAAAAAGCGGCGAGCUCGUUCUUUUUACAUAUGGUCGUCUUCCAAACUAGCUCGACGACAUUUGAAACGAAUCAUCGGUAUGACUAUUGGAUCGAACAAGUUAUUUGUCGUUAUCAUUUGUUAUCUUUCAUCAUCAUCAUCAUCAACGAUGAGCACAGUUUCACAACAACUAUCUGAACUCGAAGGCAACGCUCAAUUUAAAGGUCAAUUACGUGAACUUUAUAUAACUGGUGCUAAAAAAGUUGACUUAGGUGACGGGCGAUCAGCUUUGGUCAUCUAUAUUCCUGUACCAAAAGUCAAGAGUUUCCAACGAGUUCAUUCGUUGCUUGUUUCUGAACUUGAAAAAAAAUUCAGUCAAACAGUCAUUCUUCUUGGACAACGUCGCAUCCUACCUAAACCAACACGAAAAUCGAAGACACAAUCGAAACAAAAACGACCGAGAAAUCGUACAUUAACUGCUGUUCAUGAUGCUAUCUUACACGAUCUUGUUUACCCUGCUGAGAUCACUGGCAAACGUAUUCGAAUAAAAUUAGAUGGCUCACGUCUCUUCAAAGUUCAUCUCGAUAAAAACCAACAAACACUUGUCGAAACCAAAGUGCCCGCUUUUCAAUCAGUUUAUAAGAAACUCACAGGAAAAGAUGUUCACUUUGAAUUUCCCGAAGUGCUCGUCUAA